AUGACGACUACUUCCUCGGCCGUCGCUUCCGGCGCCGCUACUGGCAAGCUGGCCCUGCAAGUUCAGCCUCCGGACGCGCAAGAAUUUGUGCAAGAAUCACCAACCCCACUCAUCCCAGGCUCCUUCGAUGACUCUUUUCCUUCCUCGGCAUCGAGCACAGGUCAGGAAUUUGCUAACAGCAUCAACAAUAGCGGCACAACAGACGGAGCGCCCAACAGAAAAGCUGCUGGCAUGAGUCGAUCCUUGCGGAUCAGCGUUUCGCCAAUCACUUCAACCGACUAUCGCACCUCAGCGCCCAUCUCGCCAGGGUCGAUUCUCGACCUAUACACUCGCUCGCCGACGUCCGAUGCCAGGUGCAGCGCUUCGCUCAGCGCCUCGCCCGGUCAACCGACUGUGACAAGCUCGUCGGGAGAGUCGCUGCGCCAAGGGCACCAAAGCAGCGAGUCUACGCCGAUGCCGCCACCGGCCGAUGCGUCGGAGUCUGCGCAAAGAGACCAAAAAAUGUCCGUGCCGAUCGGGCAGGUUGUUGUAGAUGCCUGCGCAGAUGGCAACCAGGCUACUGUGCCGGCCUUAGCUCCCGCAUCUGGACCAACGCGCAGUGAUAUCUGGCCUUCGUAUGCGGACAAUGGGGUACGAGCGUGCAAGACGAGUGACUCGAGCGCGGCUGCAGGGGGGGCAGGUCUAAUGACUGGGACGGGAUCAUGGCCGUUGGCUGGGGCAGUGAAUGCAGGAGCAGGAAAAUCGUCGUCGCGACGGCCAAAUUACGUCCAAGGCUCUCCGUCUAUUCGGGCCCAUCCGAUGAUGAAUACGAACAACAGCAAUACCCAUGCGACGGGAGGAGGCGGUAGCUGUGGGAGUCCACAGGCCCCGUUCGGCUUCACUCAGCCCCCUCUUCCUUCACCGCGCUCGCGCUCGAGCACCAACAAUUUUGGCUCUGGCGUUGCUGCACCAGUCUCGCAUUCGCUAAACGAGCAGGACUCCGCGACAUCGGCUCAGUCAGAGGACGCAAGUGCGUCGUUCGCUGCGAGGGCAGGCGCAACAUCCCUCACUGAAGCAGGAUCUUCCUCCUCUACAGUCAAUGUGGCCUCAGAUAUUAAGAAUGUCGCGACGACUUCAAAGACCACAUCGUCACCCUCCAAAAGAGAUGACGGCAUCGUCGAUCCUGCAAGUCUCUCCAUUGCUGCCGUGCAGCAGCUGCCCGAGCUAGGCAUUGCUCAUCCGCAGAAGCGCCCGGCGUCCGGAUCGGACAUCUAUCCCGUCUCGGAGGAUAGUGCACAUGCCAUGUGGUCCCAGUACCAAGAUCAGUUUGAGCUGACUGAUGGAAACAAUGACAUCGAUGAUCCGAAGCGAGCCGCAGCGAAGCCUUCGACAAUACGAUCAUUGACAUUAGGGUCUGCCGCUGCUGAUUCGUCGGAGCAGCACAAGAUAUCUCAGCGUUCGUGCAUGCUUGCCGAGGUGUAUGACCCCUUCUCUACGACAACGGCACCGGGGACCACAGCGCCAGUGGCUCCUGCGGGUUCGCCUUCUUACUACGAGAUCCCAGCUGUUUACCAGGCCAAAGCCAUCACUGACAUCAAUGCUCCGGCACCCCCUGCUAGCACUAGCGAUUCUGCAGCCGAAGGCACAGACAAGGAGACAGAUGGAGCUAGCGACGCCUUUUCCGCAUCGCAAGAGGCGCCGCACAUUCCCCAUAGGGUCAGCAGCUCCUUUCAGGGAGGCGUGCCUCCUGCUGCUACUCGUACUGCUGAUGCCUCAACCUCGGUCGUCGAUCCCCCCUCGAGCACUGCCGCGCACCAUGUCCCAUUGAAAGCUGCCUCGCCGCUCGCGCAGGCAAUACCAUUCGAGGAUGUGUACAUGGAUGCGGGCAGUGUCAUUAUCCCUUCUCGAUCAGAUUCAGGUGGUUCAGACGACUUGGGACACCUUGAUCCCAAAAUGGGGGGCGUGGACCCCGCGAUGCUCGAGAGCAGCGUUGCCAUUAGCGCAUCAAACACAGCCUCAGCUUUGACAACGACGUUGACGUCCGCGCCAUCAGCGGCACCAAGAGCAACCACAGCAGUACGUCUCGAGCAGGGGCAAGAGCGAACCAGCGGUGGAAUCGACGCCUCCGAUUCGUCAGAUUAUGGAUCUGACGCGCACGAAGAGACUCUUCAGAGACCACCGCGGCGAAACCGGCUACGCGAAGGAUCCGACAACCAACUCCCUGUGGGUCCCCAACGUCCUUCAUCGACACUCAUUACCACCGCAGUUGGCGACUAUCUCGAGGAUAAGAUGGAGAUAUCCGCCCCUUCUGAGUUCUCCUCGGCACCAUCGGAUGGCGAUCUGACAGCCGAGCAGCAGGCUCAACUCGAAGCGCGUCUCGAGAAAGAAGCAGACGAAAUGGAUCCAUCGAGACCGCGGACGCUACAAGAAGCCCGCGCUUUGGCACGUGAACGGGCUCGCUUGCGGCAGCAACAGGCUGCGCUACCAGAAGGCACACCUGAGGUCGUGGCGGCAGUUUCGCCGCAGAUGCGACCCAAGCGCGAUCCGCGGCGGGGGACGGCGGAAUCGCAAGUGGUGAAUUCGACGUCCAUGUUGCAUCACUCGUCCGAAAUGCCGAUCCAGAAUUCACGCGCUGUGCUCGAAGGCAGCUCGCAACCCGGCUCUGGUGGUUUGACGCUGGAUUCGAUACCUUCGCGAUCGGCGGAGAACGGGGCGUUGUCCACAAGCUUGCGUGAUAAGCGUAAGGGCCAAGUCUCGCCUGUCUUGCCGCAGAAGCAGACUGUGUCACCUAUUUCAGGGAUUAAGGACCUGCAAGCUGCAGUCAGCGCCUCGAUGAAUGACAUCAGCUUUGGUUCCACAGUUGAAGCUGUCAGCCAGGGAUGCGCAGCACCGCAGACGCAACACAGCCCAACCGCUUCGCGCGGUGUAUUGACCCCACGUCAGUCCUCGCUGGCGCAACUGCCCCAGACGAGCAGCUCCCAACCAUCAUUCUCCGGUAACACCCACAGCAAUUCUGUGACGCCACGCAUCGAGCACGUCCCGGCAUUCGAUUUCCGACUAGGGCCGAUGGGUGGCCCAUCUCUCGCUGUCGACAGCCACUUUGCCGAGCAACCUGUGUACCCUACGCCCCUGGUCACGGUGGGCCGAAUUGAGAUCUACGGGAAGACCUUGCCGUGGCCGGCCGCAUUCGAUUCCUCCAAAAUCAUCGAGAAGAAGCGCAAUGCCGCUUGGGAUCGGGCCAAGCUGUAUGCCAUCGCAACGAACCAAUUGCUCACGACCCCAACCAAUCUGGCUACAUGGGUUGAGGUUAAGAACAGGCCGACAGCAAAACUUGUGCCCACUCGUACAGACGGCAAGCACGCCAAGAAGCAUCAUAUGCAGCUUCCAUCCGUUCGGACAUGA